GAUGAACGUUCUUUGUUAGAUAAUGGCUUUAAGGCAGAGUUUUCCAGCUGACUGACUUCUGCUCCUGAACAUCUGCUGCGCUGAAGCAUCAGUGAACACUGAACAGGCCUGAUGAAUGUAACCCAACACCGUGGCCACUGCAGAAGGGUCAGCUCUGUCGGUGGUAAAGUAUUGACGUAGUCUGUGAAGUUCUUAAGAAGCACAGGUAUAGAGAUAUAAACGGGGGGUGGGAGUUACCAAUGACUCCGCUCGUGUUUUGCAACAUAAAGUUGAGCUAAAAAAUGGCUAUGGAAAUUCUAAUCGUAUUCUGAGUUGUAAAAACUUUUGAUUCUAACCUUAAUUCUUAAAAUAAAUGGGACCCUAAUAAUACUACUACUAAUCGUAAUAAUAAUAAUACUGAAAAAACUCUGUUUUUGUUGUAAAUACUCGAAAACGCUGCUGACCGCUUGUACCGAAUAAAGUGGUCAGUAUGUGUAUCUUGUGCCCCUCUCGUUUCCUCUCUCCCUCCCUCUUCUUCCCAGCCCUGCGUGCGCGUGCGUGUCCGACCCUGGCAGCGUAACAUCUGUGCGUACGCGGUCGUGAUUGUUGUGAAGAUGGCGGAGGGGGAGACAGAGAGGGAAUAUGACACACGGAAAGCCAUCGAGGAGCUACGGGAGCGCUUCCAGGCUCUGACCGCAGCCUUGAAGGAGAGCUCGCAGUCCGCGCUGGAAGCCUCGCUGCAUUUCUGCCAGGAGUUUUGCCAGGUCCUCGUUGAACAUGCGGGCCGUUGGAAGACCGACGAAGACCCGCUGCCGUUGCUGGAGGUCUACACCGUGGCCAUCCUCAACUUUGCGAAGGCCGCCUCCUGUCUCUCCCCCGAAUGUGAAAACGUGCCACUCCUACUUGAAAAGUUAGCACUGAGCUGUGCAGAGCUGCUGCUCUUACUGCCCCACCACGUUCCUGGUGCCUUAUGGGAGGAGUUCCAGUCCUCCAUGAAGUUGGCACACGGCCUUUUGCAAGAAAGUGGGAGCACACAGCUUUGUCUGCUCGCAGCUCUGGCACAGCAGGACGGAGUCUGGUCCAACACCACAUUAAGCAGCAUAUUGUCCAAUCAAAUUCCUCAAACAGAGCAAGUUCAUGAGUAUCUUGAGUUGGAAGGACCGGCGCUGCUCAACAUGCGCAUUAAACAUCUGAUCAAGGUGGAGAGUGUGGACAAAGCUGCGGUCCUUGCAAAGAUGUGCUCAGAAUAUCCGGGAUAUGAAGGAAAAGGGAACUUCAAACAAACCUAUUUACUGUGCAUCUGCAUGACAAAAAACCAAGAGCAGCUAAUGGAAGAGAUUGCCUCGAUCGACUGUAAAGAUGCUCUUGAAAUGAUCUGUAACUUGGAGUCGGAGGCAGACGAGAAAGGAGCGCUCUGCUUAUGCUCUGCCUUUUUGAAGCGACAGCUCCUUCAAGGAGAUGUUUACUGUGCCUGGGAACUCACCCUUUUCUGGAGUAAGCUACUCAUGCGUUUAGAAUCGUCUGCUGAGACGUUUCUUGGGCACAGCAAAGAGAUGGCUCUUCUGUGCAGAAAUGUCUGUCACAUUCUGUUUCUCAUCAAAGUAAUUCAAAAUGAGGUUGGAGAAGUGGGGCUUCCGGUUUGUGUGGAAAUGUGCAUUCAAGCUCUUAAAAUGACCUCUGCUGACCACAAGGAAAGCAAAUCUACCAUCUGCAAGACCAUUUCCUGCCUCCUGCCAACUGACCUGGAGGUUAAACGUGCAUGCCAGCUGACAGAGUUCCUCGUGCAGCCUACCGUUGACUCCUAUUAUGCUGUGGAGUCGCUGUACAACGAACCUGACCAAAAACCCGAGGAGGACGGGAGUCUACGGGUACCGAACUCUUUACGCUGCGAGUUACUGUUGGCCUUGAAGACACAGUGGCCUUUCGAUCCAGAGUUCUGGGACUGGAAAACGUUAAAACGCAACUGCUUGGCCCUAAUGGGCGACGAGGCAGCUAUCGUGUCGUCUAUUGACACGCUCAAUGACACCGAUGAACAGGAGAUGGAGAGUGCACUCGGCAAGCUCCCAGAAUACGCUGAGCUGGAGGACUUUCUUUUGAGCACUACAAAUGAACUCAAUGAGAUCACAGAUGAAAAAGAAAAAAACAGAGAAGCUAAAAAACUACGGGAGCAGGGCUUUGUGUCUGCUCGUUUCAGAAACUGGCGAGCCUACAUGCAGUAUUGUGUUUUGUGCGACAAGGAGUUUCUGGGCCACAGAAUUGUCCGGCAUGCUCAGAAGCAUUUCAAAGAUGGAAUGUACCUUUGCCCAAUUUGUGCUGACAGUUUUGAAAGUAGGGAGGUUUUAGAGCCACAUGUAGCAUCACACGUGAAGCAGUCGUGCAAAGAGAGAUUGGCUGCAAUGAAAGCUGCAAGGAAGGUAACCAAACCCCCUCAGUCGCCUAGAAGCCCUGCGAAAAAUUCAAAGGUGACCGUCAAGGCUGACAUCAGUCCUGUUAAUGCUAAUGUCGGGGAACAAGUGGCCCCGCCUGUUAAAUUAGAGCAAAAUACAUCUGACCCACAGAUUAGCCCUGACUGUUUCUGUCCUGUUAAAAAUUGUUCCAAGGCCUUCAAGUUUUUCCGUAACCUCAUGGCUCACGUCAGAUCUCACAAGGACGACGAGGAGGCCACGAGGUUUUUAGAGAUACAAAAACAGAAAGUCGUGUGUCAGUACUGCAGACGACAGUUUGUAAACGUCAGACAUCUUAAUGACCAUUUGCAGAUGCACUGUGGCACUAAACCCUACAUCUGCAUACAGCUGGAUUGUAAGGCCAACUUCAACUCCAACUCUGAGCUCCUCAUGCACAGAAAAACACAUCCAGAAUUCAAAGCUCAGUGCAUGUUCCCCAACUGUGGCCAAGUGUUCAGUGAGGCCUACUUGUUGUACGAUCACGAGGCCCAGCAUUACCUCACCUACACCUGUCAAAUGGAAAACUGUGGUAAAAUAUUCUACUCGCAGUCCCAGUUCUUAUCUCAUCAAGCGGUUCACUGUGCGAAUAACACUGUAAACAACACGCCUGUCACGGAUCAAAUCCUUCCUGUCACUCCAUCUGUCGGAGCCACGGAGAGCACGCCUAACAAAGGAGAUGCACAUCCUCAUGUUGUUACAAUUGAAAUGAUCCGAACUGAGGCUUAUGCACCAAAUGCGGACUCAUCGCCAUGCAGGACGCCAGAGGACGCAAAUGACCCUGUCUCUGUGAGAGUGAAACACUCUGUUGAAAGCAUGCUCAAUCCAGCAGCAGAGGGUGAAGUCAAAGAAGCCGAGAAAUGCUACACUCCACUCACAAGUUCCUAUACGGCUCCUGCUGAUUUGAAAGAAGCCCCAGAGGCUCCGCAGGUGCAGCCACCUGUAGCUCGACCAAGCGAGGUUCCGUCUCAGUAUCCUGUCACAAUCGCAACAAACCCUGUGGUAAACCAGCAUGGGGAGGUGCAUAACAAUGUACAAAUCAACGAAUUUCCAAACAUGACACCGCAGUUGAUUUCUCCAGGUCAAAUCAAGACGGAAAUCUCCGCCUCACUCCAAGGUUAUCCACCCAGCAUGCCAGCUGCUACGGCCAGCAGUGACGAGAACCUGCACUGCUGCCCUUUUAAAGACUGCACAAGGGCUUACAGUACAAACAAGAGUCUUUCAAGGCACGUGAAGAAACAACACCCUGAAAUUUACGAAGAUUGGAAAUUGGCAAAAAAAUACAACAAAGUGGCCAGAAUCACUACAAAAAAGUCGCAGGUUGGACCCACCUCACUGACUCAACCGCAGCACCAAGGAAACAGGCCGUCAAAUCAGCCAGGUGUGCCAUGCAACAAACCGAAGGUGCAGCAGAUGGAAUACCCGGUGGGGUGUUCUGGCUCACCCUCCCAGUGUUAUCCUGCAUCAAUGGAGCCUGUGCCCAUUACUCCAAUGGUGAACCCCUCGGUCUACCCUUCAUGGGGUAACGCUCAUAAUCCCAGUGGAAUGAUGCAACCAGACAUGUCCCAGCCAUGGACUUCACCUCCUAUGAAUAACUGCUAUCCAGACACCUAUAAUAUGAACGACUACUCUGCCCGCAGCUAUCCUCAGUGGCAGGCAGAGCCUUAUCAGUCCACAGCAUCUAUUCCACCUGACAGAGAUCAGUCCCUAGUAUCUGGCAUUGCUCCUACUAUGUCACAGGCUCCUUCUGAUUCCAGUUUGAUGUCUCAGUACUUGUCCAGUUCUCUAAUGCUCGAUAAUGGAGGACAAAUGCAUAACGGAGCACAUCAAUAUGGACUCAUCAAUCCUGAUGGUGCUGGAGACAUGGCUAUGAGGAAACACAGUCCAAAUAUUUCAGAACAAGUGGACAACCAAAACGGUCUGUCGACAGUUGAUAGACUUCCCGAUGCAAGUUUCAGUGCGCCGUAUGCUGCGAAUGAAAACUCCUGUCUCACUCCACGCUUGUCUGUUGACGUUCAAAUUAAAUGUCCUAGUCCCGAGCCACCAGCUGAAGUAAAGGCUGCGGCUGAAAUCACUAAAACUGACAGUGCGUCAACUCCUAGUUAUGAGCAGACAGACAACUCUGGGGACGGUAUGCUAAACCCACAGACUGUCACUCAUACAGAAUUCCUCUGUGAGGAGGACAGUCCUGAUGCUGAGUGUGAGGCGCACACCCCAGAUGAAAAGAUCAGUGACGUGGAAGUGCAGAAAGGAAAACGCAACAGGUUGAGCAAGCGAACCAAAUGGCCUGCCAUCAUUAAGGAUGGAAAGGUCAUUUGCAGAAGAUGCUUUAGAGAGUUCACGAGCACCAAGUCCCUCGGAGGUCAUCUAUCCAAACGUUCGCAGUGCAGACCGUUAGAUGAAAUAGACCUGACGGCCGAUCUCCCCACUUCAUUUCUCGAUUUCCUCAAUGACCCACAUGUCCCUGAGGGAAACGGGACAGGGUUUAACAUGACAAAUGGAGAUUUCUCACAGGAGUCUUGUAGCUUCACAUCAUUGAUGUCACCCAUGGUGUUGAAGCAGGAGCCACAAAGUACAAACAUAACAGACUUUUCCAACUCCCUGACAGUUGAAGAAAACCAGGAAAAGACCAUGGGUGCCGCUAAUCCAAACCUUGCUGGACCUUAUCAAGAAGAUCAUCUCAUGGAAAUGUCACAUGCCUUCCAGAGGUUGGAUUUGAUUGAGGCCGCCCAGGAGAAAAUGCGGAAUUCGCUGUUACUGCAGCAAAAAGCUACAAAUUCAGACAAACUGAUGAAGACGACUGAUAAAGAAAAAAGUAAAACGGAGAGUAAAAACGAUGACAAGCCCAUUGAGAAGAUAACCAAGCCUUUUAAAUGUGACCAGGAGGACUGCGACUGUUCCUUCAUGACAAAGGAGGCGCUAUUCAAACACUUGACCAAAAUGCACGAUUACACCAUUGAAAUGAUUGAGGAAUUAAAAAGAACACCCUCAAAGCUGUCCCCGUAUCCUUGCCAGAUGUGUCCCAAAACGUUUACCAGGACCACCGGGUUGAAGAUUCACUACGAAAAAGUCCAUCGCUUGUCAAAGGAAGAUGUACUGAACCUAAAGAUCAGUGCUCGUCACAGACGCGCUUUUAGACUCAACAAAGAUGAAGGCGUUGUGAGCCAAGCGCCCAGUGAUAACAGCAAGGGUCGCAUCCCAUCACAGGCUGCUCCUGUACUGCCCGCUAUUAAACAAGAACCACUAGACAUUGCAAUUGCGCCGCAGACAGAAAAUGGAACAACAACAACAACAACAACAGCAACAGCAACGACGAAAAACAACACAGGUGUUCACCAAGUGAUUUCAUCUGAAGAAGUUGUAAAAGAGGGCUUCACACCUGAGGUGAUAACGGUUACCAGACUGCCAUCUCCUCAGAACUAUUUCAAUGACAAAAUAUAUGGUGAAGUGGCACCGGUGCCUCAACAAACUCCGGAGCAACCCACAGUGGGUGUUGUUAACCAGAGUCCAGAUGGGACUCAUAAAUUUAAUUUAAAAGAGAAACACAGUCCAGUUGGCAGAGCGAAGGAGCAGUGCGGAAAAUCAGAUGCAGCAUUGAGCAAAGUUAAACAGCCAAAAUCCAGCCCUUCCACUGCAUCUUCCCCAGAGAAACCAGGCAGCUCCAAAAGCACACCAACGAAGGACGAAUCCCAGAAGAAGGAGAAAAUUCAGAAGAGGCUGAGCCUCAAGAUGUGUGAUUCAGACAACGCAUUCAACCCUUACAGACCGUAUCGCUGUGUACAUGAAGGAUGCACUGCUGCGUUCACCAUUCAGCAAAAUUUGAUUCUUCAUUACAAGGCAAUGCACCAGGCGUCGCUGCCUGUCGCCAAACCGGAGACGGAGGUUGAAAAGCCUAGUGUUGAAACUACAGAGGAGAUCAUAGGAAAGGACAAUGAAGUCAGAUGUCAAGUCAAAAACUGUUCCAGGAUUUUCAUGGGAAUCACACGGUUAGUGCAGCAUUACCUUUUACUCCACAAGUUCACCCGAGACAAGGCCACCGCUAUGAUGGCCACCAUGAACAUAGAGACUUUCAACUGUGACCGACCGGAGUGCUCACUCCCCUUCAACUCUGUUGAUAAGUACAUUGAGCACAUCAAAAACUACCACAAAGAAAUUGCCAUUUCUGAAAGUGGCUCAGUUGAUCAGACUUUCAGAUGCGAGUAUGACGGUUGUGACCGCAUUUACACUACAAAGUCCAACCUCUUGCGCCACCUGUUAAAAAAGCAUGAUUACGUUUAUGAUCCCAAAGCGAGCGACGGGAGACGAAAUAAAGCAGCAGGGCUUUUCUCAGAAGCAAAUGGAAAAGAGAAUGUAGAAAACAAAUUCAAACUGAAAAAGAAAUUCUGUAAAAAGAAAGAAGGAAAAUCUAUUGAACAUUGGACUAGUUUUGGAAAACCAACACUAAAAACCCACGAGGAAGCAACAGCAAUGUGCACAAAGAAGUUCUCCUUGCAGUAUCCCUGUAUGAUCAUAGGCUGUGAUGCUGUUGAGCGGGCUGAAAGAAAUAUUUUUAAGCAUUAUGUCACUCAUGGCCUUACCGAGAAAUACAUUGAAGACCAGAGAAGUCAGUUCAUUUUCUGUAGAAAGUACUCUCGUGCCAGAUUCAAGGAUGCUAAUCAGACAGAAGGAGCAUCUAGCUCCUCAGAGGAAACGGAACAGGAGGAGGUAGACGUGCCGUCUGAGCAGAAAUCUGAGGAGUUUGUAGAAAAACUAAACAAUGAAGAAAGCAAGCUGUCCAACGAGGACAGCACAGAAUCCCAAGCUUCCGCAAUAACAGAGGUUGGAGUGAAAAGAGGCCGUCCCAGGAAACCCACACAACCUAAACCAGCGUGUCCUGAGAGGAUGCAGACCCUAAGAAACCGUUUGACUGUUAACAGUUCCAGAGAGAACUCAAAUCCUGGUACCCCUGCACCUCAAGAUCAACACGAUGACGUGGUUGUGUCGGGGUCUUUCAAUCCAUUAGGGCUUGAGGACUCUUUUCUUAAGUUUUUAGAAACAUCGGAGACGACCCAAUCUUCCAAACGAAAAUCUAACGACAGGUCUUGUGUUGAACUGCCGGCCAAAAGACAAACGCUAAAACAAAAAUCCCUAAGGAGUAAAACAAACAAUGACAUAAGAGACUAUGAAAACUUCAUACAUUUCAGAAACCCCCUCAAUCUCAAAUCUGUGAGUAAUGUCAAGAUAGUGAUGGAUAAAAGUUUUUCCGACGGUGCUGAUCUGUUACUAAAGCAGCUGCAAGACAUGAAGCCCAUAGUUAAAAUAAAAAGAUGGAUUUAUAGUGGAUCAUAGCCCCAAAUGUUAUGUGUUUGAUUCAAUGUCACUCAGGAUUUGAGAAGUAAUGCUGCAUAAUGGUUUCUUUUUAACACAUAAAUUUCCAACUUUUAACAAUAUUGGUCACAAGUAGUGAUGAAUUGGCCCAUUUUAUACUCGAUGAAAAAAAAAAAGAUAUGUCAAAUGGUUUUAAAUAUGUAUGUUAGUUAUUAUAACCAGGUAACCUUUAGGGCAUAGAUUUUAGAAACUUGUUUGUAUUUAUGCUUAGUACUGAAGUUUUUUUUCUUUUGCUAAAUGGAGACUUUUAAAGAAAAACUAUGUUUUUUAUAUAUCCCUAUGGGAUUCAAGUUCUGUUUGUAUUUAUUUCAUCCUUUUUCAACACUAGUAGACCUAUCUGUAAUAUUUACAUGUCUUCCACAAAGUGUUCAAUAAAAUGUUACUUUUCAAAGAAAA